UUCGCGCCCAAUGCUAGGCAGAUGGACCCAUCGCCCAGCUUCCUGCGUGAGCCCAGCUAGGCGGCGGCCUCUGCGGCUCCCACGCUGCGCAAGCUCUACCCACGCCCCCGGCCGCAUCCUCCAGGGCGCCCAUCUCGGCCCCACCCGCGACGACGACGACUACCACACUGUUCGCCUUCGCCAGGACAAGCAGGCAAAAGAGCUUCCGCUGCCCCCGCUGUUGGACCCCCUGGUCUUGGAGCAGAGAUCGCGCUUUGAGCAGAAGAAGGAAAGGCCACAGGUAGCAGACUUCACGCCCACGCAGCGGAGGCUGUGGGAGAAUCCGUUCGCCCAUGCCUUGGCAUCGCCGGUGCGCCAAUGCCGCGCGACCUUCAUCUCGCUCCCUGUCGCUUUCCUGACCUCUCUCCAUCCACGCCCUCAUCCAACAACCCAGGAUCCAUGGCUUCUUCCAGUCGCUCUGACGACUGCCAGGAAACACCUCGGCCCGCCAUAUCGCUUUCUUGGAAGACAUCUGGUUACAGCAUAUCUGGGCAAGAAGAAAGCCUGGGAGAAGGGCCUAUACUCACGCAUGAGCGAAAAGCUCGGCGCACACAACAUGAAGAACCUGGUCUGGCGCGAGGAUAUGCACGAUUUCAUACUUGAAAUGCUGCGCAAGAAACUCUCCAACAGCCUGGGCUGGUACUUUGGAUUCAGGGGCCGCCUAAUCCCCGUCCCAAGUCCCCGAACUGAAGACAUUGAGCACGUCCAAGACGUCUCUUCUGUGCUCAUCUUCCGCUCGCUUCGGACGCGUGCCGAUGACUUACAGAACCAAGCCGAGGAAAACAUGAAGGAGCUGGAAAAAUGGUCAAACUACUUCGCCAAGAACUUUGCUUCGAGGCUUGAUCCUCAUACUGCUCCAGGAGUCACCCACACAUCGCCUCACUGGUACUCUGGGCCUAUCGUGCCCCGUCUGCAGCCUCGCGCGCAGUUUCCCGAGCUCGAGUUCCACGCCACUACCUGGCGGGGAAAGAAAGUCGCCGUCUAUAGCCUGACGGAUUUGCUAGGAGCAGAGAAGGCCCAAGAGUUGGUCGAUGGAAGCAGAUACGCCGAAGCAAAUUGUGUCGUUUUAAAACGAGGCAGGCACAACGUACCGGUUGAGAUACUUCUCAUGCAGCUGCAAGCAUAUAUUGCUCGACCAGGACCAUGAGUCGCUUGAAUAUUGAGGGAUUGAAGGAGCAGCCUGACCACAUGCUUGAUCACGGCGGAAAUAAUAAAUCUAGGUGUUAUCUCCAAUCAACAGCAAAACCAUCUCCAAGUCCUAGUUUUGCCAAUACUUUCCUGCAUAAUGUCACGGUUGUACAGUAAGCGAGAGACGUGAAAGCUCAGAAUGAUCUUUUACAUGAGUCUAGAGAAAUCGGUUUUAUUUUCUCUGCGAUACACCCACUUUGUUCUACGGUGAGUUAGGCGAGUAGGGGCUUGUGCAAUGGACCUCUCGCGUACAGCACAUGCAUCGCCCUGAUAGCAGUUCAACUUCAAAGCUUG